AGUUCGGUUGCCCGUGCUAAGAAAAACGUGCUCAGCAACAAGUUGCUUUUUGUGCGAAGUUAACCCACAAAGUUCGCGACACAAGAGGUCCAGAACUACUUGACUGGAACCAAUUCUUAGGAUUUGGCCGUCCAUCUUCAAGUAGUCUUUGUGUGCGUUGAAGCUUCGCGGCCUAGUUAGCUUAGUUUAGCUUAGCUUGCGAACAAAGAACAACGUGAACAUCAAGUAGGAGCCUCCUAAAGUGUGCAAAAUGCCUGCAAGAAGGACGCCAGCCGCAGAGUUCGAGGCGGAACUUUCUGGCCCAAAAGCUCAGCGACGACAUCAACUCUUGACUGCUUGCAAAAUGCAAGUAAAAGUUAUUCUUCGCAGACUAGCAGACUUCAGCAAAUAUCUUGCUCCUGACGCUCAACAGCUAAAGAGAGAAGUGCAACUUCCAAUCAAAAAGGAGGAGGUAGAGCUGCCAUGCAUUAAAGAGGAGGACGAUGUCACCGUGUCGACUGGUGAGCCCUUGAAUAGCGAGGAUGGUGAGGCAAGCAGAGGGACGGAGCCUCCAAGCAGCAGUUCAACUGAAGGAUCGCAAGCACACAUUUUCAUCGCACCAUCAGAUGGAAAUUCAUCUUCCAAAGAUGAUGGUCAUAAAAAACCUCACCAUGGGAAAACCUUUGCUAAUAACUAUACUUGUCGUAUGCAUAUGAGGAGCCACACUGGUGAAAAUCCUCUUGUCUGCUCAGUUUGUGGUCAAAAAUUCACUCAGAAGAGCCACUUAGACAGACACACAAGAACCCACACUGGCAAAAAAUCUUUUUCCUGCUCAGUUUGUGGUCGAGGUUUCGCUGCAAAGAAAAACUGUCAAAUGCACAUAAGAACCCACACUGGUGAAAAACCUUAUACCUGCUCAGUUUGUGGUAAAGGAUUCACUCAACGUCCCCACUUAAAAGAACACACAAGAACCCACACUGGUGAAAAACCUUUUUCCUGCUCAGCUUGUGGUCGACGUUUUACUGCAAAGAAAAGCUUAAAAAUACACAUAAGAACCCACACUGGUGAGAAACCUUUUUCCUGCUCAGUUUGUGGUCGAGGAUACAUUCAAAUUUACAAUUUAAAUGUACACACAAGAACACACACUGGUGAAAAACCUUUUUCCUGUUCAGUUUGUGGUCAAGGAUUCAGUCAUAAGAGUACCUUAAACGUACACACAAGAACCCACACUGGCGAAAAACCUUUUUCCUGCUCAGUUUGUGGUCAGAGCUUCAAUGUAAAACAUUACUUAAAAACACACACCAGAACCCACACUGGUGAAAAACCUUAUUCCUGCUCAGUUUGUGGUCAAAAAUUCGCUCGCAAGGAUCGGAUUAAGAGACGUGUGUAUUGGGGUGAGAAGCAGUGGCGAAUGACUGUUUUGCCUGUGAUCCACGCUGCAUUCAUCAGAUUGUGCACACAGGUCAACUGUAGUCUGUAGUGUUUCCUCAAAUCCUGUUGAGGAUUGGCAGUAUUGGUGCCUUACAUGUGCUUUGUCUAAUCCUUGUAUGAUGUGGAGCCACAGUAUUGCCAAAACUAUUGGCUCACCUGAUUUAACUCUCAAGUUGAGUGGCAAUAUUUAUACAAUACUCUCUCUCUUUCAAACUACACUUUUCACAGCUAAUAUUUGAAACAGUAGACCCCAAAUUACAAAAAAUCUAAAUCAUUCAUCAAUAAUAUAAUGACAUAAGUAUGGAAAUUAUGAUUGGCUCACAAAUACUAUUUUUUGGGGGCAGGGGGGUUAUAUAUAAUCUAAAAAGUUACUACUCUAGAUUGACAGUGACAUAC